CUGCAUGAUUGUUGGUUUAUUCUAUGUUAACGAAAAUGUUCAUUUGAAACAGUUUUACAGGUUUUAAAAAUCUAUUUGUGGUGUAACAACACGAGUAACGUAAGCAAAUUCCUUGUUACGUAGCUUCGUUACGUAUUCAACUUAUAUUUAUAACUAAAUAUUGCUAAGUUAAAUACUAUAUUAUGAAUAAAUCAUCAUCGCUUUAUGCUAGUAUUUUAAUAGUUUAUUGUUUUAUUUUAACGAAUUCCUACGUUUAUAAUGGUGAUAAGAAGUAUGAUUUUCUCCCCGGUGUUGAUUUUACAAUAGCAGAUGCCGAAAAAACAGACGUUCUAUACCACGUUUUUACAAAAAACGUGUCCGAAGGACAAUAUUUAACCGAAGAAACCGUUUCUGACUCAAUCUUAACUGUAAAUGUUCCAACAAAAAUUGUUAUUCACGGUUGGCUCUCUAAUGAAACAACUUAUUGGUAUGAACCGAUAAGAAAUGAAUACUUCAAAAAAUAUCCCGAUUGCAACGUAAUCUACAUCGAUUGGUCUAAAGCUGGAAGUAAAGAAUUUCAAAUAUCUGCGGCUAAUUCAAAACCAAUCGGCAAAUUUAUAGCGGAUUUUAUUAUAGCGGGAAAACUUCAUCUUGAGAGUGUACACGUAAUCGGACACAGUUUAGGUUCACACGUAGCUGGAUUUAUUGGAAAAUCAAUUUAUGAGAAAACCUCAAAAAAAUUAGGAAGAAUAACCGGAACAGAUCCUGGUGGUCCAAUGUUCCAAGCAUCAAACAUGACAUCCGAAUUCCGUUUGGCAGACACAGACGCCGAAUUUGUUGAUAUCAUUCAUACUGAUGUUGGAAAUUACGGAUUCGAAAAACCGAUUGGAAUGAUUGAUUAUUAUCCAAACGGUGGUUCUUCACAACCUGGUUGUCCACCUUUAGAAAUCGACGAUAACUGUAGCCACGCAAGGAGCAAUUUAUAUUUCAUAGAAUCAAUUAAUUCAAAUGAUUUUAUUGCUACAAGCUGUGAAUCUUGGGAGGAGUAUAAAGAAGGAAAUUGUGGAAAUGAUAGUAAAAACGUUACUUUUGGGGAAAAUGUUGAUUUUCAAGCUAGGGGGGUUUAUUAUUUUAUAACUAAUGAUAAUCCUCCAUUUGCACAAAUAGAAUAAAUUGUAAUGUAUAAUUUAGACUUAGUUAGAAAAUUCUUGUUUUUAAUGAUAGAGUAUAAAAAAAGUGUAUAAAA